AUGACUGCCAGGAUGUUCUCCCUCAUGGUGGGCAUCUUCUCUGUCCUUAAUACCACCCAGUUCUUCAUCUUUGACCUGAACCAGAAGACACACAUUUGCUGUGAGGCCAAGUUCAGCAUCUACGUGGACUCAAAGUCGGAGCUAGUCACUUGGACCCUGUUCCACAGGGCUAAUAUCAGCACUGGCCUCUCCCUCACCACCAUCAUCAUCAGCUGCUUCCUCCUUUAUUGUAUCCACAAGAAUAUCUACAUGGGGCUGCUGAUCUAUGCCAUGUGGAUCAUCACUUACGAGCUCAUCAACUUCUCCAUAGUCCUGCUCCUCAACGGGAUCAUCAAAGAUCACUUCAAGACGCUGAGUUACUUGCACUGGAUCUUCCAAAUCUCACACAUGCUCCUGCACUUUUUCUGUCUGCCCUUCAUCGUCAAGCAUGCAUACAACCUUUACAAGGAAUCCCAGACUGUGGGCAGGAAACGCCGCCACAGGCUCUGCUCCACCAUUGCAGUGAACUCAUGACUACCUGUCCAUCUGGGAAUGUUGUACCGGAAGUUAAACUGAACCAUGCCAGAUGCCAGGAAAGGUGGGAGGGAAUGGUGCUCCUCAACAAUGGAACCCUCCCUACCCUGCCUGUCUUCUGUUGAUGCUGCUUGGUUUGUCAGGGCUUUUGAGUUUUAUGCACUGAGGAACGAUUCUCGGGAGAGGGCAGGUGGUGCGGAUCAAUUAUUUUACAGAUGUGUUGUGUGACUUGUUUUAGCAGUUAAUGACAUGUGGCCUUGUGCUUACUUAACCAUC